UACCCAUAAGUAAACAAAAUUCAGCAGCAAAGAAUCGUAAAGCGGCGCGGAGAUAAAUCGGCGGCCAAAUCGCCCCUAAAAUGGAGACGAAAAAGCUGAGUUCUUUGAUUUGCAAUGGUCCUAGAAUUAGUUGCGUCUCAAAUUCUGGCUUGAAAAUAUCAAUUGGUGUAUUAUGCACUGUUGGAACAGUCUUCGCCGCAAGAUUUAGUAGAUAUUUCGAUUUCAGAAUCUCAUAUGAAGAUGCAGAUUCUACUGGUGUUUGGGUUGUUCCCGGAUUGCAGAAUCUCGGCAACAAUUGUUUCUUGAAUGUUGUUUUGCAGGCAUUGUCGAGCUGUGUUAGCUUCCAGAAAUAUCUGUGGGAGAUGAUGGAAGAAUACGGCUCGUUAUCAGUUGAAGAAGUAGAUGAUAAUUGUGGUGGUGAAAAUCUUCCUCUUUUUAGUUCGUUAGCUUCACUACUGGAAGAGUUAUGUUGUGUUAGGCACCAAAAAACUGUACUCAACCCUCGGAAAUUGAUGGCUUCGAUGGAUCAUUACAUUCCAAAGUUCAAUCUAUCCAGGCAGCAGGAUGCCGAGGAAGCAUUUUCCCAUCUCUUGUCUUCGCUGAGAGAAGAAAUAUACGAGCAUUUUAUCCCCACAACAAGUUCCUUAGCUGAUUUGCCUUCACUUCCUAACGGUAGGAUUCUUACCAUAAAGACCAGCAAAGAUGAGAUUGAGUUACAAAGAUGGAGCCGUAGUUUUCUCAAGCCCUUUGAUGGAAUCCUCGGCAGCAUCUUAGUUUGCCAGAGCUGUUCGUUUCAGAUCUCUCUCGACUUUCAGCAUUUUCAUAGCUUGCACCUUUCGCCUCCUGUGAGCAGUGAUGGUACAAUUAUGGCUGGAUGCACAUUGGAGGACUGCCUAAAGCGAUACUUUGUAGCUGAACAUAUUGAGAAUUAUUACUGCAGCAACUGUUGGCAUAAGGCUGCAAUCGAAUACGUGUCUAUUUUCAAAGAUAAGGCGGAUAUUGAAAAACUAGGAAGCUGUAAUCGAGGCGAAUCUUGUCAAUGCCGAACACUAUCUUCUCUCGAAUCACUUCCUUGGUCGAAUAGGUUCUCUCGUACGCUCAAGCAACUGAGUAUUGCAUGGAGCCCUAAAAUUUUGUGCAUUCAUUUCCAACGAGCUUCAUAUAAUGUUCUUGGACAAUCGACGAAACUUCGAGGACAUGUCUCGUUCCCAUCGGUCCUCGAUCUAUCUUUGUUCACCAACACUGGAGUCGGGAUCAAAGCCAUGGAAGAAGCAAGUUCGUCAUUCAGGCCGUCGAGCCAGCGAAUAUUGGCCUUCCCUCACUUCAUGUACCAAACAACGCCACCUGAUCCGGGAACAAGCAUUGCAGUUGAAAACGACCCUCAUUUAGAAGCUUCGGGCACCAGCUCCCCCGAUUCUAGUAAUCGAGCUGAUGGCAACGUGGAAGCUGCGGCCCCACCAACGAGGCUGGCACGAAGCCCGGAUUACCGGCUCGUCUCCGUCGUGGAGCACUUUGGAAGCAGCGGCGGUGGGCACUACACAGUUUACAGGAAAGUGAGGGGUAAGAUAGGUGAUGAUGGAGAGGAUAGUGCUGAAAUUCAGCAAUGGUUUUGUAUCUCAGAUUCUCAGGUGGAUAGUGUUUUAGAGAGAGAAGUGAUGGAUGCAAAUGCCAGCAUGCUUUUUUAUGAGAAAUUAGAGAAUUUUUGAGCUACAUAUAACUUUUUUUUAAUUAAUUUUUUUAGUGUUAGGCAUAUAGAUCAUUCUCCAAUUAAAGGUGCCUCUGCAAUGAAUUGGUGACUUAAUUGUUAUGACUUAUGGGGAUGGCAUUUAUCCUUAAAUUAUUUUCAGUUUUCCAUAUUGAGACUAAUAAUUUUGUUUUA